AUGCUCGAAGCAGCUCAGCAAAGAGUCCGGGAUGGCAUUUCGAAGCGGCAGUUUGCGCUGAAUCUCGGAAUAACGGAAGGAGCAUUGAGGAAAAGGUUGAAACUGCGCCUUGGACGGUUCAUCCCAGUAUUUACAACCGAGCAGUCUGAAGAACUUGCCAGGCACUACAAGGACCACGACAAGGCAUUCUACGGUAUGACACUCAACGAUUUACGGAGCCUUGCGUUUCAGUUUGCAGAAGAAAAUAACAUUCCGCACGAGUUCGAUCGGACUUCGAAGAUGGCAGGAAGGGAUUGGGCGUCGAGAUUCAUGAAGACUCACCAUCUGUCUUUGCGAACGCCUCAACAAACCAGUCUGGCCCGAAUCAUGGGAUUUAACAAGCAACAGAUCAAGGCAUUUUUCGCGAAUCUGUCCAAACUGAAACAGCAGCAUAAAUUUCCUCCACACCGCCAGUACAAUAUGGAUGAAACUGGCAUGUCAACUGUUCCGAAUUGUCCGCCGAAAGUCAUUGCUAGUACAGGUAAAAAAUCUGUUGGCAAAGUGAGCUCUGCUGAACGGGGAGAAUUGACGACGGCUGUAUGCGCUAUGAGUGCAUCCGGAAACUAUGUAGCACCGGUUCUAAUUUUCAAGCGGAAGCGGCAAAAUCCACAGCUGUUGAAUGGAGCUCCCCCAGGAACGAUUAUGCUUGUUACGGAUACAGGGUACAUAAAUGGAGAUCUGUUUUUGGAGUGGCUUAAGCAUUUUCAAAACGAGGUGAAAGCGACGAAAGAAGACCCAGUUCUUCUGGUUAUGGACAACCACAGCUCUCAUAGGGAUCUUCGUGCAAUUCCCCCUCAUAGCAGCCACAAAACACAGCCGUUGGACCGCUGCUUUUUCAAGGCCUUGAAAACCCAUUUCUCAGAAGCCUGUAGCACCUGGUUGACGAACAAUCCGGGUAGGGUCAUCACACAGUACCAAAUUGCAGAGCUGUUUGGCGUAGCCUAUUGCAAAUGUGCUACUGUGGACAAAGCUGUGACAGCAUUCAAAACGUGUGGGAUCGAGCCUCUCAACCCGGAGGUAUUCAAGGACGAUGACUUUCAACCGAGCUUAGUGACAGACAUACCUCAAGCAUCCAACGAAUCUAACGCACAUUCGGAUCUGGCCUGCAAACCCUCCACAAGUUACGCUACACCGCAAGCAAAUAAACGACAAUUGCAAGCUGUAUUACCAGUUUAUGCAGCACCCGAUCCACUUCCUAUGAAUACUGGUGAAGAAGAUCAGCAAAUGCGAGCUCUGGAUCUAA